AUGGCGACUUUUUGGGGACUCUUGGAUGAGUCCUGCUCCGUUACCUCCACUCUAAAAUUAUAAAGGGAGGAGGAGGCACAGUGAAGAUAUACAGUGGUGACAUUUUUGGCCACCCGCCCGGGGGUUACACACCGGCACCGGGGUGGAAUGCGGCUCCCGGCUCUGGUGACGUGCCUCGCCGGGUGCGCCUUUCUCCUCUCCCCGGUGAGCGAGGGCUGCGGGCCGGGUAGAGGAUAUGGCAAGAGGCGGUCACCGAGGAAGCUGGCACCGCUCGCCUACAAGCAGUUCAGCCCCAACGUGGCCGAGAAGACUUUAGGAGCCAGCGGGAGAUACGAAGGGAAAAUAACCCGGAACUCUGAGCGCUUCAAGGAGCUCACCCCAAACUACAACCCCGACAUCAUCUUCAAGGAUGAGGAGAACACAGGUGCAGACCGCAUGAUGACACAGCGUUGCAAAGACAAGCUGAACUCUCUGGCCAUCUCGGUGAUGAACCUGUGGCCCGGGGUCCGACUGCGGGUCACGGAGGGCUGGGACGAGGACGGCCACCACUCGGAGGAAUCUCUGCACUACGAGGGCCGAGCGGUGGACAUCACCACGUCCGACCGCGACAGGAACAAGUACGCCAUGCUGGCUCGGCUGGCGGUGGAAGCCGGGUUCGACUGGGUCUACUACGAGUCCAAAGCUCACAUCCACUGCAGCGUCAAGUCAGUUCCUCAAAACAAGACAAGGAAAAGAAAUCAGUCACGAGAAGACAAAUCCAGCCAGCUGAGGAAAAGAAAAGAUUGA